UCUUAAGGAGAGAGCUUCAGGAAAAUAAAUAAAAGAAGAAGAAGAAAAAACACCCAAAAGAGAUUAUGGCGGAGGGGCAGUCCCCGGAGAAUUCACCGCCGUCUCCUACACCUCCAUCUCCUUCCUCCCCCGACAACACUCAACAGCAAUCUCCUCCGUCUCCUGACUCCUCCUCCUCCUCCUCUCCUUCAUCUUCACCACCAGCUCCUCCUCCGCCAGAUAAUUCCUCAUCCUCUCCUCCACCUCCUUCUUCAGACUCACAACCUCCACCAUCGCCACAACAAGAAAACAAUAACAACAACAACAACAACGGUGGAAACAAUGACAACAACAACAGCAAUGGUAACAAUAACAAUGAUGGCAACAAUGGUGGAAACAAUGAUGGAAACAAUGGUGGAAACAAUGAUGGCAACAACAACAACAAUGGUAAUAACAACAGUAAUGGCAACAAUGGUAAUAACAGCAAUAAUGGAAACAAUGGUAAUAACAGCAAUAAUGGCAACAAUGGUAAUAACAACAAUGGGAAUAAUAACAACGGAAACAACGGCGGAGGAAGCAACAAUCAUUCGCCUGCUCCUCCUUCAAGAAACUCCGACCGUAACUCUCCGUCGCCACCGAGAUCCCUGGCUCCGCCUAGAUCAAGCGGUGGUGGCGAUGCAUCGAACACGGGUGCUAUCAUAGGAAUUGCGUCUGGUGCUGGAUUGUUGCUUCUUGUUAUGAUCUUGUUCUGCGUCUGUUGCUGUCGCAAGAAGAAAAAAAAGAAUCAAAUGCCGUACUAUUCAAGCAAUGGUUACGCUACAGGCAAAGGUGAUCAAUACCAACAACAGCAACAACAUUACAAUAACCAAAGCGAUCACGUUAUGAACUUGUCUCAUCAACACCCCGGAUCAAACAGUAACAAUAACUGGAUGAAUUCACCGCCGCCACCACCAGCACAGCCAGUUUCAGGCGGCAUAAACAAUGGAAACAGCAGCGAAAUAUACUCAGGUCCAUAUGGUCCGGCUCUACCACCGCCUCACCCUUCAGUGGCUCUAGGUUUCAACCAGAGCACAUUCACCUACGAGGAGCUAGCUGCAGCAACUCAAAACUUCUCUCAAGCAAGACUGUUAGGGCAAGGCGGGUUCGGGUACGUUCACAAGGGGAUACUUCCCAACGGGAAAGAGAUCGCUGUGAAGAGCCUUAAAGCGGGAAGCGGACAAGGAGAGCGAGAGUUUCAGGCAGAGGUGGACAUCAUUAGUCGAGUUCACCAUCGGUUUCUUGUGUCUCUUGUUGGUUAUUGUAUUGCGGAAGGACAGAAGAUGUUGUUGGUUUAUGAGUUCUUGCCUAAUGACACACUUGAGUUUCAUCUCCAUGGUAAAAGUGGUAAUGUUCUUGAUUGGCCUACAAGGCUCAGGAUUGCUUUGGGAUCAGCUAAAGGACUUGCUUACUUACAUGAAGAUUGUCAUCCAAAAAUCAUUCAUAGAGACAUCAAAGCUUCAAACAUUCUUCUUGAUGAAUCCUUUGAAGCCAAGGUUGCAGACUUCGGGUUAGCGAAGCUAUCUCAAGACAACGUUACACAUGUGUCCACUCGUAUCAUGGGAACUUUUGGGUACUUGGCUCCAGAGUAUGCGUCAAGCGGGAAACUAACAGACAGAUCAGAUGUUUUCUCCUUUGGAGUGAUGCUUCUUGAGCUCAUAACCGGACGCAGACCUGUUGAUCUCACUGGUGAAAUGGAAGACAGCUUGGUCGACUGGGCAAGGCCCUUAUGCUUAAACGCAGCUCAAGAUGGCGACUACAGUGAACUAGUUGAUCCACGGCUCGAGGGCCAAUACGAGCCUUAUGAGAUGGCUCGAAUGGUGGCUUGUGCCGCUGCAGCCAUCAGACACUCAGCUAGACGCAGGCCUAAGAUGAGCCAAAUUGUGCGGGCUCUGGAGGGAGAUGCAUCGCUGGAGGAUCUAAACGAAGUGAAACCUGGACAGAGCUUAGGGAGGGGAUCGAGCUCGGACUAUGACUCGAGCACUUACAGUGCGGAUAUGAGGAAGUUCAGGAAAGUGGCGAUGGAUAGCCAUGAGUACGGUGCAACCAGUGAGUAUGGGAACACGAGUGAGUACGGGCUUGACCCGUCUUCCUCUAGCAGUGAGGAGAUUCAUACAGGAGGAGGAAGUGGAGGAGCUAACAAAAACAACAAAACAAUUGCUUUGAUUUAGCUGUUAGUUUCAAAACAAAUCAACUUCGCUGUGUUCUGUUUCCUGUGACAUUGUUUUACAACUCUUGUUUUAUGUCAGAUUCUGACCGUUGGCUACAUUUGUGUUUGUGUCUGUAUGUUUCUGUUUUGUGGAGAAAAAAUUAAAACUUUUGAUUGUGAUUUAACUGAUUAUUAAUGCUAAA